AUGGCGGUUGACACUAGCUACCUGACCACUCAGGUCAACAACAUCGUCGAACAACUCCACGGCAUCUACGAUGAAAUUGGAGUUCCCGCGCGUGAGCGCGACUCGCGCGAGGCAGAGCUCUUCAGCGCACUGUCAGAGACCUUGAACAACCACCUCAAGGUAGUUGACGAAGAAAGGGAAGACAUGACACAAGAAGCCGAGCGUCUUAUUACAGCAAUUCAACAAAUGGAGUCCUCUCUAAGCGAUGAGAGGGCUAAUGGGCAAUACGAGCUCAACCGCGACGACCUUCGCGUCACUUAUCCUCUCAACCGCUGCAUCGCAUUCCUGCGCGAGAAGAACGACGCUAUGAGUAAGCUUCACCGUGAGCGCUUCGAGCAAGUUAGGAAACUCGUGGACGCGCUUGAGUCUUACUCUUCCCAUCUCGAACCAUCAUUUGUUAAGCUCGAGCUUCCUCCAACCGAGCCGGGCUCUGCGAUCCCACCAAGCUUUGACCUCUCACCGAUGUAUGUCACAGCAUUAGAUGCCGAGUUUACCCACGUCUACGAAGAAUACCACCGUCGCAUUGCACAAGUACAAUCUGCAUGCGAAGAAAUGAUCAAGCUCUGGGCCGAGCUUGGUACACCCCAGGCCCAAACCGAUUCGACUAUCGUCAAGUGCUAUCGCGAAUCGCCUGAGCAGCUCGGUCUGCACGAAACUGACGUUGCGAACCUCAUGAGCAAACGCAACAAGUUACUCGAAGAAAAGAAGACACGCGAGCGCAAGAUUACCGAGCUCCGCACGACUGUUAUUUCUCUUUGGGACCGAUUCGGCGUGGAGGAAGCUGAUCGCAAAGCAUUCCUGGCCGCAAACCGUGGCUGCGGUCUGCGCAUUAUUAACGACCUCGAGGAAGAAUUGACUCGUCUGAAUGAAUUGAAGCGCCAGAACCUCCAUUUGUUCGUCGAAGAUGCUCGCUGCCGACUUCAAGAGCUUUGGGAUGGUUUGUUCUUCUCUGAGGAGGAGAUGUUGGACUUCACUCCCGCGUUCUCUGACGUGUGCAGCGACGCUUUACUUGAAGCCCAUGAAGCCGAGAUUGUCCGACUUGAGACUCUCAAGGAGCAGCGUGCUCCCACAUUGGAGAUGAUUGACCGACACCGAACCCUUCUAACGGACCGUGAGGCGCUCGCAACCUCAAGCCAGGAUGCCUCCCGAUUGAUGGGCCGUGGUAACAAGGGAGAGAAGCGAGACCCUGGAAAGCUUCUAAGGGAAGAGAAGCUUCGCAAGAGAAUCGCCAAGGAACUACCGAAACUCGAAACCGACCUACGCAAAGAGCUCGAAUACUGGGAAGAGGAAUUCGGCCGACCAUUCCUCGUACAUGGAGAGCGCUACCUCGACGCCUUGACACCUGUUCGAUCCAUGCCCCCACCCCGCUCGAAGACUCCUUCUGCACCACCAUCCGCAGUCAAGGCUAAUACGUUGAGGCACCAACCGCCUUCCCGCCCUGGAAGCUCAAUGAGAGGGCCGCCUCCCCCUCGCUCAGCCACUAAGACCCCGACAAGCAGUGGCCCAAUCAAGCACAACACUAUUGGAUACGGUGCAUCUCGUUCUGGGGCUACCUCGCGUGCGGGAGCAACCUCUCCUUCGAAGCUUCCAGCUCGUGUUCCCCUGGGAAACAUGCCACAGGGAAACAACUCGCCUGAGCGCCGCGCAAAGCCAGGCGCCUACUCAUCGAGCACCCUCAAUGGCAAGAUGCCGCCUCCUCGCGGUCCACCUCCCCGCAUGCGUGCUUUGACUGUGGAGUCUAGAGAAGACCGCUUCAGCCAUCUCAUGGAGCCUCCUCGUUGCAAUAGUGCUAUGUCAAGCGCCUAUGUACGACCUGUUAGCCCGGAAGAUGUUUACGAUGAUCGUCAACGAUCUUUCAUGAGCACAUCAGGCUUCUCGAACUCCCAGAGAUCCACCGGGUUCUCCCAUUCCUCCCAUUCCUCACACUCUUCUUUGUCUUUGAACAACGCUGCCCAAAACUUCCCACGACCCAAUCCUUACCUCCAGCACGCAGCUCCUCCGCCCGCUGCCCGACAAGUCUCCAAUUCUUCCACAGUCAACACUGCUACCUCCGGUUCCGAGAAUUGGGAAACUUUUGAGGAUGGCUCUGAAUCUGAAGCUGAUCCUAGUGAUAUCUACUUCUCCAAGCUUCGCACCGCAUCUGGAAGCAAGCGAUUUGCACCCGAGGACGGCUCAGAUUUGAUCGGCAAGAAAGCCAAGGGCAUUCGAAGCGUUAGUCCAGAGGGUCCGCAUCCCGGGCAGGUCCUGCGCGUUGCUGGCAGUGACACCGAAUGGGCUGACGACUACGAAACUUACUAA